AAGGCUUUGUCCUUUGACGGCUGAAGGCUCGGGAGGAAGAGGGGAGGCUGAAGGGGAGCGUGUGGAUGGAUGAGGAGUGCGGUGAUGCCCGCCUGUACAGUAGGUAACUCUGGGGCUGUAACGGCGCCUGUAAUGUAUAUCCGGUUCGGUAGGAAUGAGCAGGAAUAGCGGUGCGCCUCCUGCUCUCCAUGUCACAUUCCUGCGAAGUGUUUCCAAAAAGGAACAGCUGGAGGACUGCGAGAGGGAAGCACAGCUCUAGGCCACAAGGGUUACCUUGGACAUAAUGCUCACAGAAGAUGGAUGCUCCUGAGUAUUUGGACCUAGAUGAGAUUGAUUUCAGUGAUGAUUUAGCUUACUCAUCAAAAAGCAUUCCAGAACUUUGUCGGAGAAAUGAUGCACAAGCUGAGGAGAGACAAGCUCCAGGCAUCAACUGGGGACGAAGUGCCUCGUCACACAGCGGAAGUGGAAUCAAACCUACUGGAAUUGCCGAUGUGUACAGCAAAUUCAGGCCUGUUAAAAGGGUUUCACCGCUUAAACAUCAACCAGAGGUUUUGGACACUGAGAGUGACAGUAAGAGUGCGGGGCACAAUGUAGAAGGAAACAAGGAAGAAUCGUCCUCUAAAGGGCUCCAAACAAGUGUGACCCCAUGUGAUGUUCAGGGGCUCAAGUGUAAAGGUAUUGGGAAUGGAGCACUGUUUGGGGAGCUGGAGCACUAUGACUUGGACAUGGAUGAGAUACUGGAUGUGCCUUAUAUUAAAUCCAACCAGCAAAUGGCAACCCUCCCCAGAGUGGCCUCUGAGAAGCGGACCUCAGGGAGCAGCACCAGCGAUAGGUGUCACGGCCUCAAGGCAUCAUCUCUCACCCAUUCUGAAAGCCUGGGUGGAGGGACGCAGUACUGCGUACUCUCACCUGUUAACUGGCCAGACAUGAGAAAGUCGAAGUCCAUGGAUCCAGACUAUAUCAGGGCACAAACAGCUGGAUACGACCACUCCCCGAGCUCACUGCAUUGCUCGAUGUCUGAAGCAGACAAGCUCUUAUCAGGAAGACCUUUUCCAGACACACCAACCCAUAAAGCUGGGACUGAUACCCCUGCCAGCCAGCCUUUGUUCCCUAUUCAGGGAAGCACACCAGGAAGACUAGAUAGUAGCAAGUCUUGGAGCAGUCCAAGAGCCUUUGGAGAAUGUGACGAAGAAACCAAGAAGUCUCAGAAUAUAAUCAACAUCGUCCGAGAGGGACAGAUCUCACUGUUGCCUCAUUUUGCGACCGAGAAUCUGGAGCUGAUUCAAGAUGAGGAUGGGAACAAUCUUCUUCAUAUCUCUGCUGCACAAGGCCAUGCAGACUGCCUGCAGCACCUCACCUCCCUUAUGGGGGAGGACUGUCUCAAUGAACGGAACAACCAGCAGUUAACACCCGCUGGUCUAGGUGUCAGGAACGGACACCUAGAGUGUGUGCGCUGGAUGGUGAGUGAGACGGAGGCCAUUGCAGAGCUCAGCUGCACUCGAGAUCACCCCAGUUUAAUCCACUAUGCAGCACGAUAUGGCCAAGAAAGGAUUUUGCUGUGGCUGCUUCAAUUUAUGCAAGAGCAAGGCAUUUCUCUGGAUGAAGUGGACCAAAAUGGGAACAGUGCAGUGCAUGUUGCAGCUCAGUACGGUCAUCUAGGCUGCCUUCAGACACUGGUGGAGUAUGGCUCGAAUGUCACCAUUCAGAACCAGCAUGGGGAGAGGCCGUCCCAGUGUGCCGAGCGACAGGGUCACACUACUUGCUCGCGUUACCUGGUGGUGGUGGAGACCUGCAUGUCCCUAGCCUCACAGGUGGUCAAGCUCACCAAGCAGCUCCAUGAACAAACUACAGCAAGAAUCGCACUCCAAAAUCAAGUCCAGCUGCUUUUCCAGUCCCAAGAUCCUAAUGGAAGACCAAGAUCACCCAGUUCACUUAUUCCUCCGGCUGAGGCUUGGCCAGAAAUGACCUUGACUGCGGAGGGUACGCCUGGCGAUGGGCAGUGGGUGCUGAGGCAGAGGAAUGUGGACUCGGACGCAGUCCUGCGCAAGCUCCUUGGAAAGGACAUUGCUGAAAGGGUUGGCUCUAAAGAGAAGCUCAGUCUGGAGUUCCAGGAGGGGGCAGUAGAUGGCGCCAAUGGCACAGCAGAUGCAGGAACAGGGCCUGGCGCAGGGCCGGUGAGAAGACUGGGUGUGGUGGAAAGGCGGGAGCUGAAACUGGCACGCCUCAAACAAAUCAUGCAGCGUUCCCUGAGCGAAUCGGACACGGACUCCUACCCUCCAGACGAGUCAAAGCAGGCCGCUGCAUCCUCCAGGCCAGAGAGGCCCACCCAGCUUCCCAUAGCCGAGAGCGAGGAACCUGUGUCUGGGCUGCACUUACUGAUGAAGAAGCAUACCUCAGCCUCGGAUCGUAAGUUCUCCUUUGCGCUCAGGACUUCUAAAUCCAUGGACGGAUACAACCACUCUCCAACAGACAACAGCGAUGUCGAUCCCGAAACAAAAAACGACCUGUCAGGGGACUUAGCCGAAGGGCAGAAAGUCACAACAAGUCCAAAGAGCGCUCUCAAAUCCCCUUCCUCUCGCAGGAAAACCUCACAGAACCUCAAACUCAGGGUGACGUUUGAUGAAGCGCCAGUCGUCCACAAGGACGGUCAAGCAGGAGAGGUAGUCAAAGGAGCAUCUGGUAAAGAAAAGUCUUCAGAAUCAGGGAAAAGACCCUUCGGAACAUUCCGCUCCAUCAUGGAAACAUUGAGUGGCAAUCAGAACAGCAACAACAAUAAUACUCAAGCCACAUCUGCUGGCAAGCACCCUAUUUGUAUUUCAGCACAAGGUCAAUCUGGGAAAAAAACAGAUGCUAAGGCCAGUCCAGGGGGUCUGUCCAAAUGCAAAAACAAGACAAGCGCUGUUUAAGUGCCUUCCCUGAGAGAGCAGAGCAGGGCCCUAUCGUCACUUUUUUCUUAAAGCAUUUAGUAUACAAUUCUUUGAGGAAUUUCAAAGGAUUAUUGUUAACUGAGGUCCAAGCAUUCACUUGUAUGCACUCGACAUAAAUGACUGACCAAAAUACAAACUAAAGCAUACGUUUGGAAAUCAGGCACUUGUUGAAUUUCAACUUUGCGAGUAGCUCAAGUCAUUUUAGCAUCCUAGUUUUCUCGGAACCGCUGUAUAUAAGAACAACGUAACAUUAUUCCAAUCCCGUUCUCAGUAUUUCGUUGUGUAAGUGAAACUGUUACAGCACUCAUUUACCAGCACUGUGACUUUUUAUACAACCACGAUCUCGUUCUACAGUUCUGUGACUGAUUGAAAAGCAAGAUCAGUCUUACCUUUGCGCAUAGUUCAGUUUUAGAAACCUGAAUGCAAUACGAACCAUACGUAAUAGAUUUGUGAUUUUUCUGUUAGUCUGUGUGUGUUAGGAAAUGGCAUGAAUGUUUAUGACCGUUGCGUUUCAUUCUGAACAAUACUACACAUGAUUUUUAGAAAGAAAAGCAUGUUCCAUCAUUUCUUUUUAAUCUACCAUUUGACAAUUUCACAAGAGUUGGCAAUAUUGGAUAAACUGUAGACGUUAAUCAAGAGUGGUUCUUUAUUCUGAUCCAUAGAAUGAUGAUUUCCAGUCUUUUCAUAAUUAAAUGUAUGUAUAAUCUGUAGUGUAUUUUUUUCUCAUUUUAAGACGAAUUUGAGUUGUAAGUUAAGUAUCAUGUUUGAAGGAAAAACAUUGCAACCAUUGUAACAUUUUAAGACAAAAAAAUAAAUGCAUUUAACUGUU